AGUUUUCAAAAGGUUAUCUUUUGUAGACAUGUUCCAUAUAACUCUUUAUAUUCUACUGAUCCUAUGUGGGUUCCAACAAGGAAAGCAAAAAGUAAGAGAUGGAGCCUGAAAUAUAACACAAUUUCUAGUACAAUCAACAAAACCAAGUGCCUGUAGGAUUAACAUUCCUUCAAUUAACUAACUCAAACAGAUGAACAAAAAGGGUGCAGGUGUCACAAGUAAAUCAAAUGAUCCCAUGAGAUACCAGCUAAUGAGAUGCUGGGGAAGUGCUCCUUGCAAUUCAACUUCCAUCAUGUGGGAUAUGUAGGACAUACAAACUGCCAGAAACAUUGAAGCAGUUAAAUAGCUCCAUUUUAAUUAGUAUCACAAUAUGAGUACAUUAGCUUAUGCACCUCCCAUAGUCCCUUCCCCUUUUAUUUGGCACCUUCACCAUGAUAAUAAUAUUUCAUUAUCUGCACCAUUAAGUGCCUUCCAUCAGAUAGCAUAUAGCUCAAGCAAGUUUCCAACUAAGAAUGCCUUUAAAUUUAUUUUCUUGAGUACAGCUUUCUAAAGCUUAUAUAAGUAGUCCUAAUUCUCCUCUUCCUGAUCUAUCACACACAAUAUGCAUUCUUUCAUUCACUUGUCCAUUCUUCUUUGCCUCCUAUCCACAACCCUCAUUUCCUAUGCAAAAGAUAGCAAAGCCCAUAGCAGUGUGGUCCUUGGCCUUAGCCAUGUUAGGUCUCUAUCUGCUCCAUCCAUGGUGAUAAUAAACUCCACAAGAUUUGACUUCUUGGACAUCAUAGAACCAGUAACAACAUAUACAGAUGGCUACCUUCUUUCCCUAAACCUGGGCAUGCCCCCACAGGUUUUUCAGGUGUACUUGGACACAGGGAGUGACCUCACUUGGGUUCCUUGUGGCACCAACUCCAGCUACCAGUGUUUGGAGUGUGGCAAUGAGCAUAGCACCUCCAAGCCAAUUCCAUCCUUCUCCCCAUCUCAGUCCUCUUCAAACAUGAAGGAACUAUGCGGCAGCCGCUUCUGUGUCGACAUCCAUAGCUCCGAUAACUCCCAUGACCCCUGCGCUGCAGUGGGUUGCGCCAUUCCUUCCUUCAUGAGUGAUCUAUGCACUAGACCCUGCCCUCCUUUCUCCUACACCUAUGGUGGUGGAGCACUGGUCCUUGGCUCCCUUGCAAAGGACAUUGUAACACUCCAUGGAAGCAUAUUUGGCAUUGCCAUCCUCUUGGAUGUCCCUGGCUUCUGCUUUGGCUGUGUUGGUAGCUCCAUAAGGGAGCCUAUUGGCAUUGCAGGGUUUGGCAAGGGCAUACUCUCCCUGCCAUCCCAGCUAGGGUUUCUUGACAAAGGAUUCUCUCAUUGCUUCCUAGGAUUCCGGUUCGCGAGGAACCCGAACUUCACCAGCUCGUUGAUCAUGGGUGACCUCGCGCUGUCUGCGAAGGACGACUUCCUCUUCACCCCAAUGCUGAAGAGCAUCACUAACCCAAACUUCUACUACAUUGGGCUAGAGGGUGUCAGCAUUGGAGAUGGUGCCGCCAUUGCUGCUCCUCCCAGCUUGAGCAGCAUCGAUUCCGAAGGCAAUGGCGGGAUGAUCGUCGACACUGGGACGACAUACACUCACCUCCCUGAUCCAUUCUACACCGCAAUCCUAUCAUCCCUUGCCUCUGUCAUACUCUAUGAAAGAUCUUACGACCUCGAGAUGAGGACGGGGUUUGAUCUCUGCUUCAAGAUCCCUUGCACACACACCCCAUGCACACAGGAUGAGCUGCCUCUGAUAAACUUUCACUUCCUCGGCGAUGUGAAGCUCACGCUGCCUAAGGACAGCUGCUACUACGCGGUCACCGCGCCCAAGAACUCGGUGGUGGUGAAGUGCUUGCUGUUCCAGAGGAUGGACAACGAUGACGACGACGACGAUGUUGGUGGCGCGAAUAAUGGGCCAGGAGCAGUUCUUGGAAGCUUCCAGAUGCAGAAUGUUGAGGUCGUCUACGAUAUGGAGGCAGGGAGGAUUGGGUUUCAGCCCAAGGAUUGUGCCCUUCACUCCUAGUGACGACGUCGUUGGAGAAAUCUAUUCGUGAUACUUUUCAUUCUAUCCCUUUAGCGCACGAUCGAACGGGGUUUCAGGUGUUCUUGGCCAUUUUUAUUUCAGUCGAGCUGCUUUGUGUGUGUUAAUGGUACGAGUGGCCGUACGAAGUCACUAGCAAAGAGAAAUUGUUAGUGGGGAGUUGAUGACGAGAAAGCAAAGGGAUCACACUCAUGUAAUGCGAAACUGCCACUUCUGUUUUAAGUUCAAAAUAAAGGCGUGCUUUAUGUGUUGGAAUAACGGUCGAGCUAGUGUGUACAUCACAGUUGUUUCAGAAGUGUAUAUGCUUUCGACGUUUGAUGAUAGACGGCUCAAUGUGCAACUGAUAAUCAA